CACUGCAACAACUUCCCCAACUACAACAACUAAUAUCACAACAACUAUUGCUACACCAACUACUCCACCAACAAAUUCUCCCACUGCAAUGACUACCACAACUACAACAUCUACUCCCACCACAACAAUUGCUUCAACUACAACAACUACCCAAACUAUAUUAACCUUUCAUGCAAUAGUUACAACAUCUUCACCUACAACUACCGAUACAUCAACAGCUAAUGGAAUUACCCCAUUAAGUUACAGUAAUAUAACAACAGCACCUACAACCAUCAUAGUUUCACGUAUAAAUACAAACACUGCAACUACUACUACAACUGUUAAACGUGCAACUACUGAGUCUGCCAAGACUCAGUCAGCCAAUUUUGAGUCUGCCACAAUUGAGACUGCCACUAUUAAGCUUGCCACGACUGAGUCUACCAAGACGGAGCUUGUUACUAUUGAGGAUGCAACUAUUGAGCCUACCACUAUUAAGCCUGCCACUUCCGCGUCUGAAACUACUGAUUCUGCCACCACUGAGUCUGCUGCUACUGAUUCUGCGACUACUGAAUCUCCCAUUUCUAUGUCUGCUACUACUAAGUCUGCCAAUUCAAAACCUACCACUACUAAGUCUGUCACGACGGGGUCUUCCACUACUGAGUCUGCCACUAUUCCAACAAGAUCGACUCCUGAUGUUUCAAUUGUUUUACAGAAACCUAUGAACAUAAGUAAACAUUUAUUUUUUCAUUUAUUAUUAAUAUUUUUUUAUUGUUAUUUCCAUAAGAGACAAAUUUCAUAAUAUUUAAUUUAUUUACAGAAUGGUUAUUCAGAGCCGGCUGGGAAAAUUAAUUUCCUAGCCGUAGUAAACCAUUUAUUUGCUGGGAAUAAAGUCGGGAGCUUUUCUCAGCCGACUGUUUAUACCUAACAUUUUCCUUUUAAUUUUAUAUAAUGGGAAUUAUUUCUUUUCAGUAAACGCUGUGAUCAAUGUUGAAUUUGAUAUUAAAUUUAAAGAUAAUUAUACAGACGCGCUCGACAACCAACAAUCAGAUGAGUUUAAAAGCACAUCGGCAAGAUAUGAGCUAUUGGUGAGUUGUUUUUGUUUUAAAACCUAAAGUAGGUACCCCUACAUACUCUUUUCUUGAAUAUUAUCUCCCCUCCCCCCCAACUGAACUCGCUAAUUGGCUAAAUAUGAGGUAAAUUGUCCACAGCUCAAGGAACAGUUCCAAACAAUCUCAAACUUCAAAGAGAUUAUAAUUCUUGGGUUUUGGUGAGUAUAAUGAAACUUGUGUGUGAUAAGCAGGGUCAUUGAAAGAAAAUCGAUGCGACCGUGGAUAAUUCUGAAUUUAUGCACCCUCUUCCUUAUGAGUUAGAUUAAUUAAUAGCUAUUUUUGCUUGAAGGGAUGGGAAUCCCUAUUUUGCCACCUCAUCCCAUGGCACGGCAAUGAUGUUUGGAAAGGGUCUUUUCGAGGUUUGGGGUAGCGGUUAGGGAAGGUAAGGUGUCCUAAGUCUGUUAGUACUGUUUAUCCAUACUUCUAAAAUCUCUUUGUGUGCAAUAAGUGUCAUAUUUAAGACUUUAAAAUAAAGAGUCUGAAAAUUUAAGGGGAUACGUGACAAUUUGGAUGACGCUGUGCGGAAAACUUUUCCGUGUUUAGUUAACGGAAACGGACUAUUCCUCCAAAAGUUUCAGAUAAGGAGUUAACCGCUGCCUGAGUGUACCGUAUAAUCCAAAUUUAACAAGACAGAUCUCAAUAUCUUUGUCAUGCCGACUAAAAGGGAAACGAAGAACAGUUAAAGAGGCUAAAGAACAUAAAAGCUGAAAUGCAAGAUGAAAAACGUGCUGAAGAAAUAAAACCAGACAUUGAAUAGACAAAAAACAACUCUACAAUAUUAUUGAAUAUAUUACAUUAAGGCUAGCUCGUUGAAGAUAUUGUGUCAUUAGGUAAUUCCACCAAAAAUAAUGUAUGUCAGAAAAAAAGGCACAGUGUGAACUGCAGUGUUAUUCAGGAGGAGAAACUAUCAGAAACUUUAAAUAUAGAGUAAAGUGUGUGCAGGGCUGUCAGCUGUCACAAUACUUUUUACUCGAUUGGAUAGUUAGUUAGACAAAAAUAAAGUUCAGGAAAUUGAAUGCAAUCGACUCCACCCCCACCCCCCAACCAGAAACUAAAGAUACAUACAUUGUUACGACACAGCGCUAUUAUGACAAACAAUAAAAAAAAAACCACCAGAACACAAAGCUUAAAUAUUAAAUUUUAUAAUUUCUCUGUGUGCACAAGUUCAUAACAUUUGGGGGUUCCUACUGGGAUAAAAUGUUACGAAAUACUACGUGCAGAAGCAGUUCAGUGCUUUCAUUUAGUCUGCAGGUAUUUAAUAACAACACAAAGAUCAAUAUUACAGACGGUUCUUUACCCGAGAACAGUGCUUACCUGAAUCAGUCCUCUAUCUCUCCGCGCCUGACUAACUACCUUAAAAAGAAACAACUUCAUCUGUCAUAUCAGCACCAAAAAAAUAUAUAAAUAAACGGUCGUCAAUGCAAACCACGUAGCAAACAGUUACGCAAUUAAUUUACGAACCAAAAAAAAAAAAAACCAACCGCUUAGCAUUUUAAGUAUACCAAAACCAAAAUCAAAGCAUACACUAAUUGAACAAAUCGGUAACACUUGCAAUAUUUUUUCUUAAUAAGCCACACAAAAAAAAAUAUCACAGUAAGGAUUUUAUUCUAAAAUUGUGUUUUAUUUUUAUGUUGGAUGUGACUUUUAUCUAAACACAAACAAAAAAACAACAAACAAAAUUGCAGCUCAAAGUGGAUCGCCCCUUCCCCACCAGAUCGCUACGCAUUCGCAUCUAUUAAGUAGAUGGUAUUGAUUGAUUUUUAUACCUCCAGGCGUGGCAGCAUAGGUGUCAGAUACAAGGUCGUACUUAAGGCUGCUGAAAACAACAACCACACGGUGAACACGACUAAACUCAUCCAGGAGAUGCAGG